AUGACGACGGGGCCUUGGCGCCGUGGCGGCCGCGCCACAACCACGACGAGCCUCGCGCUCCUCCUGCUGCUCGCGUGCGUCGCCGUCUGCUCCAUCCCGGCGGUGCUCGCCCAGGCCACGACGUCCACCAGCACCGUCGCCGGCAGGGACUUCACCACCUUCUCCUUCCCCGGGUUCGACAAGAACCCCGCCAACCUGACGCUCUCGAGCAACGCCAGCGUCAGCCAGAACGCGCUGCAGAUCACCCCCGACACGGGCAACAACGCCACGAGCUUCCUACUCGCUCCCAAUGACAGUAGUAGCUCCGGCGACUACAUGGUCUGGAUCGACUACAACGGCACCACGCGGCAUGUGUGGGUGUACAUGUCCGCGGACAAUAUCAAGCCGGACACCGCUGUGCUCAACGUGUCGCUGGACCUCUCCAAGUACCUCCUCAGCAACAAGGGCUAUUUCGGCUUCUCGGCGUCCACCGGCGUGGACUACCAGCUCAACUGCGUGCUCAUGUGGAACAUGACGGUGGAAGUGCUCCACGGAGAAAGCGUCCCCAAGAAGCUGUCGGGCUGGAAGCUCGGGCUGGCCAUCGGCGUGCCGUGCGCCGCCGCGCUGGCGUUCGGGCUGCUCGCGGGCCUCUACUUGAUGAAGAAGAAGCGGAAGAAGCAGGUCGGGGACGACCCGAGCUCGGUAGUGUUCCACAACGCCAUUGACCUGAGGAGCAUCCCGGGCGUGCCCAAGGAGUUCGACUACAAGGAGCUGAGGAAAGGGACCAACAGCUUCGACGACAAGAUGAAGCUGGGGCAGGGCGGCCAGCUGCUGGAGUGGGUGUGGAAGCUCCACGGCGCCGGCCGCGUCCUGGAGGCCGUGGACCCGCGGCUCGCCGGCGGGUACGACGAGGAGGAGGCCGAGCGGCUGCUGCUGCUGGGCCUGGCGUGCAGCCACCCGAACCCGCGGCAGCGGCCCAAGGCGCAGGCCAUCUUGCAGAACCUGCAGACGCGGUCCGUGCCACCGCUCCCCGUGCCCAUGUCCAAGCCCGUGUUCAUGUGGCCUGUGCCGCUCGCCGGCGGGGAGGAGGACGAGACGCAGACGUACAUGUCGCACAGCGGGGUCACUAGCUCUGACGUGACCUCGUCGUCGAACUACCCCUACACGUGGUCGUCGGGGUAUACCACCCAGACAUUCCAGGUGAGCAGGGAGGCGCACGACGCGGCGGGGAGGGACGUGUCGACCAUUUGA